AUGAAUUUAUUAUCAAGGAGUGUCGUUGUUUUUAUGAUUAUUCACGUCGCAUUUGAAGUGAAUUCUCAAUUAUACGGCGGACAAGAAAUAAUACGGACCUUCUUCAGUAAACGCACCUUAAAUCGGAGUUUAUUAGAAUUCAUAGUAACGUUAUUAAAGAAUUCGCAUGCUAUCAGGGAUGUCAAAAAGGCACUAUUUAUUACCCGAAAAAUUCCCGUUUUAAGAAAAUGUAAAAAGGUUCUCUUCAGAAUUUUUUUGACAAGAUUUCUUCUGUCAGCUAAAAAAACGAAAAAUCUUUCACAACAAGAAAACAGUAAUAGAAAAACACACGAUAAAAUCAUCUAUUAUUAUGAAAUAUUUGGCAAACACAAAGAAAAAAACAAAAAAAAAGCGAAUUUAGAACGUGUAUUAACGAAUGGGGGAGUAGGAGAGGAAGGUAGGAAAUUUCGCUCAUGCUGUAUCGACGAUAUUAACUUGGACAAAAUUAUGACUCAGGAAGGAACAGGUGACACAUUGAGCGACUGCAUUAAUACAACAACAAGAAAUAGAUGUUUGAAUUCGUAUUAUUUAAAACACUACAGAACAAUAAAUGGACGAUGUAAUAAUUUACAGCAUACUACACAAGGAGCGGCGUUUACAAAAUUACAAAGAUAUCUUCGUAAGUAUUGGUCAGAUAAAGCAGAGAAAAAGUGGGGAGAGAGGAAAGAAAGGGGGAAGAGGGGAGGGAGGGAGGGGAGGGAAGUGGUGGGUGGGUGGUUGGAACGGAAUAUUGUUUUCACAAUUCGCACGAUUUUAUUCUUAGACGUAGCUUUUUACUUUUGUGAUUUAUUUACAGCUGCUCUUUAUCAUGAUGUUGAUGGGUUAGACACUCCCAGAGGUUUCCCAACGCUCUCCACACCUGUCCUACCAACUGCACUCGAGGUGGCAAACAAACUUUUUCAUGACAACGAAGAAGAUUUUGGAAACAAAGGAAAUGUAUCACUUCUGCAUAUGACGUAUGGACAAUUUCUGGAUCACGAUAUGUCAUUAACACCACAUGGAGCUGGUUCAUCCUGUGAGAAUCCCAAGUGUGUCAAUGGUUCCCUUGAAGAUUUCCAAUAUCCUUGUUUUCCAAUUAUCACUUCGAGAGAGAAAGAGUUAGGCUGUCACAAAUUUGUCCGUUCGUCUGCAGUAUGUCAACAUGGCGAUGAAAGAGAAGUAAGGAAUCAAAUCAACACCAUUACAUCUUAUAUCGAUGCUUCGAAUGUUUAUGGAUCGUCAAUAAAUCAACUACGAAAAGUUCGCAAAAUUGGACGUAGAAUUGCAAAACAUAACAACAGAUCCUUUUUAGGGCGUGGAUUGCUGAAAAUUGAACAUAAUGGUCUUCUUCCAUUUGAUACUUCAACAACUGGUUGCGAAACACCAGGAGGAUGUUUCUUAACAGGAGAUGAACGUGGCAACGAAAAUAUUGCUCUUACCAGUUUUCAUACUCUCUUUGUACGAGAACAUAAUCGACUUGCGAAACAGUUGAAGAUCGUUAAUCCAUAUUGGUCAGGGAGAAGAAUAUUUCGAGUGACGCGAAAAAUUAUUGGAGCUAUAUACCAACACAUAACUUAUAACGAAUAUGUGCCUACCUUAGCUGAUUUGAAAACAUACAGUGGUUACAAGUCAGAUGUUGAUGCUAGCAUCUCAAGUGCGUUCAGCACUGCCGCUUUCCGAUUUGGGCACAGUUUGAUUAAAAAUUCCUGGCCUCAAUUGGACAAGAACUUUGAUGAACUUUACCCAAGUAUAUCACUUCGCGCAUCGUUUUUUGAUGGAACAGCUUUGAUCAAUCAUGGUGUGGAGCCAACUUUAAUGGGGUUGAUGGGAAACUAUUCUGAAGAUGUUGAUAUGCAGUUCACCACUGGUGUGUCGCAGAAAUUAUUUAUUCCACCUGGUCGUCCUGGAUUUUCAAAUCUUGCAUCAGUAAACAUUCAACGUGGACGAGAUCAUGGUUUACCAGGGUACAAUGAAUGGAGAAAAUUUUGUGGACUACCCAAAGCUGUUAACUUUCUUGAUUUAGGAAAGGACAUUCCCAAUGAAAAAACAAUCAUUGCCAUGGAGCAGCUUUAUGGUAGUGUUGAUAACCACAUUGACCUGUUCGCAGCAGGUCUGGCUGAAAAACAUUUACCUGGAAAAAUUGUUGGCCCAACAUUUAGUUGUAUCAUGAAAAAACAAUUUGAAGAUUUGAGAGAUGGUGAUCGGUAUUUUUACGAGAAGGAUGGUAUGUUUACAAAGAAACAAUUGUCUGAGAUUAAGAAAGUUUCAAUGGCAAAGGUGCUUUGUAACAACUUAAAAGACAUAGUUUCAGUCCAGAAGAAUGUUUUUAAAGUUUACCAAAAAGGAAUUUCCAAAAGGCAUGUUUGUACUUCAUUGCCAGAUAUGGAUUUAUCAGCCUGGAAGGUAUAUGAGGAGGAUGAUUAAAAAAUGGGUUGUGACAUAAUGUGUUUUUAUAUUUUUUUAAUUUUUUUCUGUGUGUGAUAUUUAUAUACAUUACGCGUAAAGUAGAGAACUUAUGUUUCCUUUAGGGUUAAUAUGUUAAUUAUAAAUAAAUAUAUAAAUAAUAAAGGUUUUUUUUUUACUUGUAUCUUAACUUCUAUACUAAGUAACAACAUAAUAUUAUAAAAAAAUCUUUUUACUGUGCCACAAAUGUUUGCGAAAGUUAUUGAAGGCACUGGUGAGAUUCUACCCAAUGUUGUUUGUUGCAAUGCAUCAGUCCUCUGGCCUUAA